GUAAUACAAAGAUCAGAACCAACUAAACAAGUAUCAAUUUUCAAUCCGGACGACUUUCCGCCUCUGUCUCAUCCCAAUCGAAACAACAUACCAGUCUGGGGAUCAAAACAACUACCAAAGCAUCAAACAACAGCUGAAUAUACAGAGUUAACAGGUGUCCUUACAGCACUAAAUAAUCAAUUGUCAAUUAUGACUGAAACGAAUAUUCGAAUGGAGAAAAAGUUUGAAGAAAUGGAUUUGCAUAGGAAACACGAUACGGAAGUCUUAGAGCUUCUACAGAAGACUAUGAAAAAUACGCUAUAUUCAUUACGUGAGGUAAUGGAGAUUAUGGUAAAUCCUCUAUGUGAGUUAGCGAAAAUACAAGGAAAAAGAAAACAUCUACCUUUUUCAAGCAUUCUGGAAGAGCUACAAGCUGGUACAAGUAAUAGAUUAUCGAAGCAAGUUCCCGACGUGCAAAAAGAAGGCCAAACAAGCAAAGCUAGAGUCUCAUCAGCUGCAUCAAGCAAUACAAUUACUCAAUGAAAGUGAUUUCAACUCUCAAGCCAACAGCUAAGGUUUUUUUUCCUUUAUCUCUCCACACGAAAGACGCGGAAAGAAAGACGCAAUCAUUAUCAUAUUUAAAUAAGUGGAACUUCACAGAAAAUGUCAACGAGUUUACCCGCUGCAUCUUAGAUGAGUGGUACUGUGGAAGCACAUUCUCGUCAGUUUUACAGCAGUGGGAAGAGUAUAACAAUAAGUAUCUACCGUCCGAAAAAGUCCCUUUGAACAUUCUCUGCUAUAAUGUGGAAGGCUGGGGUACGCGUCAUUUAGAAGUAGUAGAUUUAGUCUAUAAAGUUGAUGCUUCAAUUAGUGUUUUAACAGAAGUUGGAGAAUUAUGGAAUAAGUUUUCUAUACCUAAUUUUAAUACUUUUCAUCAACAAGGUACAAACAGAAGUGGUGGCGUAUGUGUCUCUGUUGGGAAACAUUUAAGAGCUACUCAAGUUCAAUUAGAAAUCGAAAACACUGUAAUCGUAGAUGUUUUUAAUCUCUCGGAUCCUAUUCGAAUCAUUGGAAUAUAUUGGCCUCAAGGUCAAGAGCGUGACCUCGAUGAUUUAAAUUCGUAUAUAACGCAAGAAACAAUAAUAACAGGAGAUUUUAAUGCGUCAUUAGAAGAAUGGAAUAGUCCAGCGUCGGAUAAACGUGGUAAAAUUUUGAAAGAAUGGAUUGAAAAAAAUAAUCUUACAUACAUUCCUUCUUCGUCUCACUCAUCAAAACGCUCCCUGAGAAAUAUCGAUCUCACUUUCUCAAAUAUUGACGGAAUAAACGCCGAAACAAUUUUUUUUGGCACCAGUGAUCAUUGGCCUAUUGUACUGACAUGCGAAAACAUAGGUUACGAAAUCAGAAAUUUUUUCCCUCACGUCAAGUGGCAUAUUUUUGAAGGAAUGCUGGCGCUUCUUCAAGAUUUUUGGAUUAAAGAACAAAUUAUAACAUCAGUAGAUGAAUGGUAUAAAAACUAUACUCGAUUCCUCGCGGCAUUAAAAAACAGAGUGACGGUAUGGAAGGAAAAAGAAAAAUACAGACCAUCGCUUCCACCUCUCAUAAUAGAUAAGCUGAAGAAGCUUAGAAGAAUAAGAAAUAAAUACUAUAGAGAGAGAAAAAGUGGUUGUCAAAAUGAAGAGACACGUGUUCUGUUAAGAGUGAUGAAUCGUGAAGUAAGGAGAGAAAUUACCAUGCAUAAAUCGUCUAGUUGGCAAUCCUUCUUGACAACAAUUAAAGAGAAAUCCGAUCGACCAGAAAAAGCCUUUUGGUCUCAUUUGUCUCGUGUAUACAAAUCCAAAAGCUUGCCUUUUUCAAAGAUAGAUAGUGGACAGUCGAUAAUAUCAAACAAAAGGGAAAUAGUUAACUCACUUUUCUCAUAUUAUGAAAACCAGUUUCAAAAAACAGAAAUAAAUAAAGAUGAUCCGAAUGACACAAGAAUUGAAGAAGAAUAUGGACUAUUACUGAACGAAUUAAGCAUGUCAGAGGAAAAAUUAGAACAAACUAGUGCUUUCGAAAUAACAAAAUAUAUCAAAAAGCUUAAGCCAAAAAAGUCAUCAGGUUUUGACCAAAUUUCGAACUACAUGAUCAAAUUGCUCCCACCGAGUUACAUUAUAUGUUUGACAAAUUGUUUUAAUGUGUGGCUUAAAGAGGGUAGAUAUCAAGAGCAGUGGAAAUUAGCUAAAAUAGUGACAUUAAAUAAAUUAAAAGCAGGAGUGCCGCGAUGCGACCAAACAAGACCGAUUUCGCUACUUGCAACACUUUCAAAACUCUUCGAAAAAGUGAUAUUGGAAAAAGUACGAUAUUGGGCAGAAACGAAUCAAUUGAUCCCAUCUGAA